AUUGGGUAACACUUAAGCGAGGGCGGGGUAGAUGACGCCAUCGUCCUCGGACUAGAGAUAGACGCCAUUUUGUUUUUAGCGGUAAGGUGGAGAACCGGAAAAUUGUAGCGAAACUGCAUCAAAAGAUCAGCCAUCAUGGGGAACAUGUUUGCAGGCCUCUUUAAGAAUCUCUUUGGAAAAAAAGAGAUGAGAAUUCUGAUGGUGGGCUUGGAUGCUGCUGGAAAGACCACUAUCCUGUACAAACUGAAACUUGGAGAGAUAGUCACUACAAUCCCCACCAUUGGUUUUAAUGUUGAGACAGUAGAGUAUAAGAACAUCAGUUUCACGGUGUGGGACGUGGGCGGUCAGGAUAAGAUCCGGCCGCUCUGGAGGCACUAUUUCCAGAACACACAGGGCCUGAUUUUUGUGGUGGACAGUAAUGACAGAGAGCGAGUUAAUGAGGCAAGGGAAGAGUUGACGAGAAUGCUAGCGGAGGAUGAGUUGAGAGACGCUGUUCUGCUUGUCUUUGCCAACAAACAGGACCUGCCCAAUGCAAUGAAUGCAGCAGAGAUCACAGAUAAACUGGGCCUUCAUUCUCUGCGUCACCGUAACUGGUACAUCCAGGCCACCUGCGCCACCAGCGGAGACGGCCUGUACGAAGGGCUCGACUGGCUCUCCAACCAGCUCAAAAACGCUAAAUGAUCCAUUCCACCCUCGUCUUUUGUCAGCGCUGUGUGUGUAUGAGUGUGUAAAGGGUGACAGCACUGGUUACAGUCUCACCCGGGUUGCCCAGUUUAUUCAUUUAUUUUUCUUGUCUAGUCUUGUGUACGUCUGAGCCUCUUCCCAGUGCUGUCUGAUACACACGCAUAAGUGUGUGUGUGUUUUGAGGGUGGGAGCAGCCUUGCUGUGCCUUUCAAAAUAGACACUCAGCGUACAGCACGGUUUUCUCUUUCUCUCUCCUCUCCCUCCUGAGCCCCAUGGUUUUCUGCACGCAAAGAAUGACCCAGGAUGUUUAAUAUUUCUGUUACCUAAUACACUGAAAUAAGACUAUAGGCCUAUGAGACUAUAUUCCCAAUGUUUAAAGAAAUCACGCAUGACUUAAAUGUUACAAGGUGUGAGUUGCCAUUUUUGACCGACCCCACCCACCCCCACAUUUGAUAAAACUCAUUGUAACCUGCAUCAGGUUGGGAAAAAAGAAACCGACAAUAAAGUGAAAUUUUCCAUCCA